GGAGCUCUAGUUAUCUAUCUUUGUAUCCUCCUUCUUCUUCAUCUUUCUCAUAAUCUUCUUCUGUGUCUGGAGUUUUCCUGCAUGGACGCAAUUUUCUUAACGGAUGAUCCUAAUACACGGAAACUGUUAAUCGGGUCGCUAGCUCAAUCUUUCGGUUGCGUUUACGUUUGUAUCUGGUCCCAUUAUUUCCCUCGACCUUCUAAGUAAUAAUCAUCAUAUCUUCCUCGUUCUAUAUAUCCUUACAUAUAAAUACAUUACACGUAUAUGUUCACAAUCCCUAUAAUGUAUGAUAUUUAUAAUCACAACGCAUUUGAUUAUUUUGAGCUGCGCGCAGCUACUUGAGAUCAUUGGAUGGAUAUUACAAUGAAACAUCUCAAGAACCUUCUACGUCGAGUGGAAGCUUAGCCAGAAGAUUGUUCCAUGAGUAUCGCCAAUCCGUCAUCCCUCUCCAAAAUGGGUAAAAAUUAUUGUAGAUAUACAGAAAACGAAAUAUUUUAAGUUCUUAAGAAAAUGUAUAGUAGAAUAUUAAUGGAAUUUUUUUUUAUUAUUCAAUGAAGACAUAUACCAAGCAUAGCGUUCAUGAAUAAUCUCCCAUACUUAGAGAUUAGUCCGCAAGAUACUCAAAGACUUGCUUACAACGACGCACAACGUCACUUAUAUCAGGUCUUUAUCAAUUCUAACCAAUAAUGCUAAUACCAUAUAAGUUAUUAUAUCAGUUUAUUAUAUGAAUAUUCACUACUAAUCAAUUUUCAUCUCGUUUCAUCAAUUCUCGUAGGAAGCCAGCAUUCAGGUACAUUAUUUUUCAUAGUUUCUACAACCAAAACAUAUAUAUUUUAAUAUUUUAUGUACAUAUGUAUAAUGUUUGUGAAUAUGAUGUAUUAUGAUCAGACGGUGAUAUUCAUGGGUUGUCGGAGCGGAGAGAUCGAACUCGGAUUGACGUAUGAUGCUGCGAAUGUAUGUAUCAAUUUUUUUUCUUUAUGUUUGUAUCCAUAUUCCAUACGUAUAAUAUUAACUCAAUAAAUCAUUGGCAUUUAUUACAUAAGAGUUAUUUUAAAGUUAUGAGUUAUGACUUCGUCUCUAUAUACAUUAAUAUGUACAUGACCCAAACGACAGAUGAAAAUAGGAGAAAGUCUUCGAGAAUGGUUCCCUCAAGAUUUCAUUAGAAAGUCUUCUCCGCCCAACUCCGACUAUCUCCGGCCACAGCCUCCUCCGUCUUCAUCUUCUUCUUCUUUUAGAUCAGUAGACAGUCCUCAAAACAUCUCAGAAUUUUCCUCUCCCUUAUUCCCGCUCUUCCCUGAACCUUCAACGACUACUGAUGACGCCGUUAACGUUCUGUUACAUUCGCUGCUAGCUCCAGUCACCUCAACACCAACGGGCAACAUGAUCCAUCAGCAACAACAAGAGUCUUUGUUUCGAAAUAGUAAACGUGAGGAGGAAGCAAUAACGAAAGCUAUCUUAGCGGUUUUAACGACGUCGUCAACUCCUCCGUCUACUUCGUCUCCGCCGCUGCGAAAAAGAAGGGCCACCGCUUUUAAGAGAUAUUACUGCAUGGAUAACGGCGGCGGUGGGAGCGGUAGAGCGCCAUCGAGCGUACGGAAGCAAAGUAUGUCGAGAAGAGCGAUAUCGUUUUACACUAGGCUUAACAUCUACCGAAGAGAGCGUUUUGCUAGGGCAAGCUCUACUACGAGCGGCGGCGGCGAUAGAAGCGGGCCAACAGCUACGCAGUUGCAUCAUAUGAUAUCGGAGAGGAGACGGCGAGAGAAGCUUAAUGAGAGCUUUCUAGCAUUGAGAUCUCUCCUUCCUCAGGGAACUAAGGUACGUGAUACAAUCUUUUUAUUUUCUUUAUAUAAGUUCCUAUUACAUUUUUAUCUCAGUUCACUUACCAUACAAUAUUUGAUAAAAAAAAAUUAAUAGCUUUUGGAUGUAAAUUAGGUUCAUUACUGAUAUAAAUAUAUUAUCAACAAUUGGCUACUAUUGUUUCUUUUCAAUGAUGAUCAUACUAUAUUAACGUGUAAAUGGAAGCAUUCGAUUUUAUGAUGACAUAUAUUUUAUAAGAUUCAACCAUGAUAUAUAUUUGAGCUAUAAUGUUAUGGCUAAAACUUUUUUUGAACAGAAAGAUAAAAUAUCAAUCCUCACCAUUGCAAGGAAGCAAUUAACUUCUUUGCAAGGCGAGAUUUCGAAACUAGUAGAGAGAAAUCGGGAGCUAGCGGGAGAAAGAGAGAUGGAAAAUGAUUUACAACCAGAUGAGAGGUUUAACGUUCGUAUAAGAUAUAUAUCCGAGUCGACAUCUAGAGAAAGGAUCUUCGAUCUAAGAGUUGCUCAUAAAGGAGCCAACAUUAGGGCUGAUGAUUUGAUGAUAAGGCUUCUUGAAAUGUUGAAGCAAAUCAACAAUGUGAGUUUAGUAUCAAUCAACGCUCAAACUCGAGCUAGAGAAGAUGAAGGUACUUCGGUUGUUCUCGUGAGCUUAAGGCUCAAAAUUGAGGUAAAUAACAAUCUUGAUUUUAUCAAAAUUGGUUUCUCUUAAGGAAACAAAUUAUUCUAUACUCCUUUUUUAAUUAGUUAAAGGUUGCAUAUAAGUCACAUACAAAUAUCAAAAUUUCAUUAUAUUCAGCUUCCAAACAAAAAAGCUCAUUAUAGUUUCCAAAGCUUUAUUUGACAAUAUGGUGGGAC